UUCACAUUUUUCUAGAUUAGGAUAAGAUAAAGAUUGUGUGUUCACUAUCUACUUAAUUAUAGACUAGUAAGUGGGAAUGGUGACAGGAAUUGUUUUCUAAUAAAUAUGAUACCAUUGAUUCUGCUAUUAUUUGUGGCAUGGAGCUGCGCGGACGAGGUGGUGCCAAACCUGAGGGUGGACAUGCAGCCGCCGGAGGAGCUGCAGGCUGCGGCCACCAGAAACGUCCACACAGCCUUCAUCACCAUGCCGGUGGAUCAUUUUGAUCCACAGAACGCUGACACUUUCCAAAUGCGUUUCAUGUACAACGAAGAUUACUUCGGUGGCGAUGGGUAUCCGGUGUUCAUCUUAGUAGGCGGCGAGUGGAGCAUAGCGGAGGGCUGGCUCCGCGGAGGCAACAUGUUCCAAAUGGCGGUCGAGAAUAGGGGCUACCAGUUCUACACCGAGCACAGAUAUUACGGCCAGACCUUGCCUUAUACGGAGUUUACAGCCGAAAAUCUCCGCUUCCUCAACGUGGACCAAGCGCUGGCUGACCUGGCAUACUUCAUCAAGGAGCUGAAGAAACAGCCGCGAUUCGCCAACAGCAAGAUCAUAUUGUAUGGCGGCUCGUACGCCGGCAAUAUGGUACUGUGGUUCAAACAACGCUACCCUCACUUGGUACUCGGGACUGUGGCGUCUAGCGCUCCCAUUUUGGCUGAAGUUGACUUUACUGGUUACUUAGAAGUAGUUCACGACGCGUUCCUCUCAGAAGGAGGAGAGCAAUGUAUCACUACGAUCAGACAAGGGAUUCUGGACACGGUAGCCGCCAUGGAGACUGAGGCUGGAAGGCGCUCCUUGGAAGCAGCUUACAGACUGUGUGAACCUCUGGAUUACGAUGAUGAGUUAACCCUAGGGUACUUCUCCGGUAUGAUCACAUGGAGGUUCUCCGGCGUCACCCAGACGGCCUCUCCUGGCAGAAUCAUCACCGUUUGCAACAACUUCCGUACAAACGCCUACGGGGAAACGCCAAUGCAGAAAAUUGGUGGAUUUAUAGCAGUCGAGGCGGGUCUGCAAGAUUGUUGGUCGGGAUUAAACUUCCAAUCGCUGUUAAACUUAUACUCGUCUAACAACAAUAAUCGUGCUUGGUAUUACCAGACUUGCACUGAGUACGGAUACUUUCAAAACGCGCCUAGAUCAGGAACAGUUUUUGAUCCUUUGAAGUGGUUGGAUAUUUCCUUUUAUGCAGAAAUUUGCAAAGAGGCUUUUAAUGAAAGAUUCGACGAGUCUUUCAUCUUGUCGGCGGCGUCGCGCGUGAACCAGAUAUUCGGCGGGCUGCGGCCGGACGUCAACAACACCAUCAACAUCCACGGCACCAUCGACCCCUGGCACGCGCUCGGCGUCCACAACAGAGACCUCAAGGAGACCUCGCCCACUUUCACUGUGCCCAGGGCAUCUCAUUGCUUCGAUAUGCAGAACUGGUUGAGCACAGACACCAUCCAAAUGACUCAAGUGAAGCAAAACACGAGAAGAAUAGUGGGAAGCUGGCUAAACGAUUAGAUUGUUAUUAUCUAAUGUGUACGUACAGUAAAUAUAGAUUUUUAAACAUU